CGUAAAAUUACGAAGAUCUCUCGAAAUAUUACAACUUUACUCUCUUAAUAUUCUGACUCUAUUCUUUGAAAAAAUAUAUAACGGCUUUAUUUUUGAUCAUUUUCUCUUCUUCAUUUUGGAACGAACGCUGUUAUCAAAAAUGCACCAGAGUUUGGCGUCUUUGCUUCGAUCAUCUCUGGCUGGACUUUGGCCUUUCCGGAGAUCUCACGAGAACACGCCGAAGCUCGUCAUAGAACUUUGCAGGACCUGGAGUUAGGCUUACCUGCCACUGAAAUGUGCUGAUUGGCGUGAAGAUUGCGAUUGUGUUUAGGGCUGUUCGGGUACGAGCUCUACAGACAGUGGACGUAGUCUGUCGUGCUUCAUUGUUUCGAUGAAAGCUGUUAUUCUCGCCGCCGGGUAUGGGACCAGGCUCCAGAGGGACGUGGAGGCUGAUAGCAGCGGGCAGUUCGCUCACCUGUCCGGCAUCGCCAAGCCGCUGCUGCCGGUGGGGCACCGUGCACUCAUAUCCCACUGGGUGCACGCCCUGACCGCCUCCGGAUGCGUGGACUGCAUCUAUGUGGUGACUAAUGCCCUUUACUGUCCUGCAUUUGAGGAGUGGGCAGCUGAUUUCAUUAAUGUCAAGAUUCUCAACGAUCACACAAAAAGCAACAAUGGGCGUCUUGGUGCUGUGACCUGCCUGCAGCUGGCUGUGAAGCACUUCAACAUAGAAGACCACAUCAUGGUUAUUGGGGGUGACACCCUCUUCAAAGAAGAUUUUAGCCUUACUCAGGUACAGCAGAGGUUCUAUGAGGUCCAGGCAGUGGAUGAGGACAGCUGUCUGCUGCUGUCCUACCAGUGCAAAGAUGAUGAAACUAGCAAAUACGGCAUACUAGAAGUGGACAGUAAUCUGCGUGUGCUGUGUAUGAAGGAGAAACCUCAUCCAUCUGAGACCAAGUCCAGAAGAGCAUGUCCAUGUUUCUAUAUGUUGUCAAAGAGAUGCCUUUCUCUACUGGAUGCCUUCCUACAGGAAAAGAAGGAUGCAUCAAUUGAAGAGAAAGAUGCCCCUGGAAACUUUGUGUCUUGGUUGAUUCACAGGAAACCAGUUUAUGUUCAUCAAAUCUCUGGGCGUUUUGACGUUGGAAACUUGCCUUCAUACACUGAAUGUGACCUUUACUUCAGAGAAAAACUACAAGAUGUUGAGUCCUACAUGGUGUAAAAAAAACAUUAUUUUUAUUAUGUAGAAUUU